AUUAAUUUUGAUCUGACUCAUAACAACAUAGUUCUUUACCAGUUUUAACAAUAUUUUAUAAUUAUUUGCAUGUAUUUCAAGUGAUUCCAAGUGCAUAAAAAUGUUUUCCAGUAGCCCAAAUUAUACAAAACUUAAAACACAUUUGCGUUUAGCAAUUAAUAGACUAAAACUAUUGGAGAAGAAGAAAGCUGAAUUAGCACAGAAGUCAAGGAAGGAAAUUUCCGAUUUCAUUGUAGGUGGAAAGGCUGAGAGGGCUAAGAUCAGAGUAGAACACAUUAUAAGAGAAGAUUAUUUGGUAGAAGCAAUGGAAAUAGUGGAGAUGUAUUGUGAUUUGUUAUUGGCAAGAUUUGGCUUGAUCACUCAAAUGAAAGAACUAGAUGAAGGUCUAUCUGAGGCUAUUGCUAGCUUAAUUUGGGUUGCACCUAGAUUACAGGCCGACAUCCAGGAAUUAAAAAUUAUUUCUGAUCUGUUGACUGCAAAAUAUGGCAAGCCGUAUGCUGAUUCGUGCAGAAACGACUCUGAAUCAGUGAGCAUAAAAUUAAAGCAUAAAUUGUCCAUACAGAGCCCACCAAAGAAAUUGGUUGAGAAAUAUUUGAUUGAGAUAGCGAGCUGCUUCAAUGUUGAAUAUGAGCCAGAUCCACAGAUUAUGCAUGAAGAAAAUGAUUCCUUCUUGAUUGAUUUGGGCAAUGAUAGAAAUAAUUUAGGUGGUGGUGGUGGAGGAGUAAUGCCAAUUGGAUUUAUUGGUUACCCACAGGCACCAACACUUCCUCCUUCUAUUCCUUUUAACUAUCCACCAUCAAUGGAAGAUAAUGCAUCUGCUCCACCACCUCAAAAUAUUCCAUUUGGGGCACCGUUCUCUUACAAUAUUCGACAUGCACCAGAUAAAGAAUCCAAUACUGAUUUCAAUUUGCCAUCUGAUAUGCUUUCUCCUGAUGAUAAUCUCGAGAACAACAUUAAUAAACCGACGCCGCAGCCUAGAUCUAAAAUGCCGAGUACUAACUCGUAUCCGGAAUUACCGGAGUUACCGUCUGUGCCAUUGGAUAAUCCCAGCACUAGUACAGAUAUAGAUUUCGACGAUUUAACAAAAAGAUUCGAAGCUUUGAAGAAAAAGAAAUAAACGAGAUUCAAUGAUUUGCCUUUAAUAUGCGUAUAUCUGAAUGCUUCUUUCACUAUUUACUAUUUUUACACUUACCACUGUUGAUUACUAUUUAUAAUUGAAAGCUUGAACAAAAAUAUAAAUAAAUAUAUAUAUUAUAUUAUACCACUAAUGAAAAGAUCACAGUUUACUUAUACGAAAAAAAGACGACACUUUGUGUCAGAAUAGACAAAUAGUCAUACAUAUACAAAAUAUAUCUUCGAAAUCAAAUCAUAUACACUUGAUUUUACACCUUUUAGAACAAAACACAAAAACAAUGAAAAACAAGUCUUACAAGUACAGGCCAUAUAAAGAAAUAACAACAACGGAAACCCCGUACCUGAACAUAUACACGGGACAGCGAAUCUUCAUCGACCCGGAAGUCGUACCACCGAAGAAUUUGUUCUACGUGGAAGACCUGAAUCCUUAUCAGCGUACCAUCUCCAUAGUGAUGGACUCUAGGAACAGGAAAAUAAUACAGAGGAACCGGGAAAAUGUGGCCAGCAACAUUUACCACCUUAUUCAAGCUCGGUUAGAUUACGAGAACCGCCGGCAACAUUUCAACUAUACAACCUACAAUUAUCCUAUUUGGUUUGACGAUUUGGUGGAGAUUAUGUACUUUGGUAAUCUUGAGUAAAUAAUUUAAAUAUUU